CAAAGUGGCGUGGCAGGCAAAGCACUGCAGCAGGUUAUAAAAGCGUACUACUACGCCUUCCAUUUUCUUACAUCCAAUUUUAUUUUCCUUCCCAACACACGAACACAACUUUCAUCCUCACCACCAGACCUCACUAUCACACAGGCCCAUCAUGACUCGCACAGAGCGCGCUGGCUUCCCUCGUGCUUUAUUACGGGAUCGCUCUGAGUCCAAGUCUGGCCUUGACAAGUCCGUCCGCAAAAACGGCAGUGGCCAGCACAACUGGGGUAGCAUCAAUGAUGAACGCUACCUUGAGGCCGCCGCACUCGCAGACGAAGAAGAGGAGUUCGAGGGAGACACCACAGACCAGCAACUCAACAACUCCGUUCACAAGAAACCCAAACUUGAAAAGCGGGCCAACUCCUUCACGGAGGAAGAAAGGGAGAGUGCUAGGCAGAUCAGGAAGAACGCACUCAAGGCACAAGACAUCGAUUUGUCUAUGAUUGCGCGCACUUCUUCUGCUGCGUCUACAUCUCCGCCCAGCAGGUCGCCUCCGCUCAUUAUCACUGGCAAUGUGGAGACCGCCAGCAUAAGGUCGGCAUAAAGCGGAUGUGAAUGUAUCUGUUUGCCAUUUUACUUCGUUCUUGACGAUUUACGUCGGAAUCACCGCAAAACAACAUACAGAACACACUUGCUCCUGUAAUUGUACUCAAUUGUAUUGUCAUCAUUAAAUCGUAUUAUGUCAACCUUGGCACACUGCACUCCACGUCGCUCCACGUUACGUAUCCAAGCGCCUGA